CUACGAGGCAAAGUGGGGGGAGAAACAGACACACACGGGGCCUAGUCGCCACAUCUUUCAUGCGAGGAAGCUGUGCCGCUAAACCACCCGUUUUUGGUUUCCCAAAACAACUCCGGCCCGGGCCUCAGUCCGCGGUCUAGAGUUUGACAGCGGGCCGUUUGAGACUGAAGCACGUCGGCUUGUAGCUGCCAGCCUGCCCCUGUGCCCAAACCACCAUCAUGGGAGACAGCAGAGAUUCUCGCAGCCCCGACAGCUCUUCUGUGUCCUCCCCUCCAUCGGGCCAACGCUCGCCCCCACUGGUUCCCUCAGCUGCAGCUUCCAUGACCUCACUGCCUCCCAUUACCACCGCAGGAGUUAACAGUCCCAUCACUAGCAUUGGCUCCCCAUUUUCUGUCAUCAGCUCUUCACUGGGCUCCCCAUGCUUACCUGGCACACCAUCAGUGGGCUAUGGCCCCAUUAGCAGCCCGCAGAUCAACUCCACAGUCUCCAUGUCAGGGCUCCAUGCAGUGAGCAGCUCUGAUGAUGUGAAACCUCCGUUGGGCCUAAAGCAGCUGUCAGCCCAUAGCCCAGGGCCAAUGCUCUCCCAGAAACGUCUUUGUUCCAUCUGUGGAGACAGAUCCUCUGGUAAGCACUAUGGUGUGUACAGCUGUGAGGGCUGUAAAGGCUUCUUCAAGCGAACAGUACGCAAAGACCUGACCUACACCUGUCGAGACAAUAAAGACUGUAUGGUGGAUAAGAGACAGAGAAACCGCUGCCAGUACUGCCGCUACCAGAAGUGCCUGGCCAUGGGCAUGAAGAGAGAAGUGGCCAAGAUGAACGACAGAUCUGUUCAAGAAGAGCGACAGAGAAACAAAGAGCGAGAUGGUGAGGUGGAGUCUACUAGUGCAGCAAAUGAGGAGAUGCCAGUGGAGAAGAUUUUAGAAGCGGAAAUGGCUGUCGAGCAGAAGACAGAGCUUCAUGCUGAUGGAAGUUCAGGCGGCAGCUCUCCCAAUGACCCAGUCACCAACAUCUGUCAGGCGGCAGACAAGCAGCUCUUCACCCUGGUGGAGUGGGCUAAGAGGAUCCCUCACUUCUCUGAGCUGCCCCUGGAUGACCAGGUCAUCCUGCUGCGUGCAGGCUGGAAUGAACUCCUGAUUGCAUCCUUCUCACAUCGCUCCAUCUCAGUGAAGGACGGGAUUUUACUGGCCACCGGCCUGCAUGUCCACAGGAACAGUGCUCACAGUGCAGGUGUCGGAGCCAUCUUUGACAGGGCGCACAAUGCCGAGGUUGGGGCCAUAUUUGACAGGGUUUUAACAGAGCUAGUAAGCAAGAUGAGAGACAUGCAAAUGGAUAAGACAGAGCUGGGCUGCCUUCGAGCCAUCAUCCUUUUCAACCCAGAUGCCAAGGGUUUGUCCAACCCCAGUGAGGUGGAGCUCCUGAGGGAGAGGGUCUACGCAUCUCUUGAGUCUUACUGCAAACAGAAAUAUCCGGAUCAACAGGGAAGGUUUGCAAAGCUCCUCCUCCGACUCCCAGCACUGCGCUCCAUAGGUCUGAAGUGCCUGGAGCAUCUGUUCUUCUUUAAACUAAUCGGUGACACGCCCAUUGACACCUUCCUGAUGGAGAUGCUUGAGGCUCCUCACCAGCUCACUUAGGGGAGCCAGGUCCGGUCCAGUCAGGACCCCAUGCACACCAGGAUUACCAACACAUCACCCCAUGUUGGGUCAUUGGCUCUUCUCAUUGGGCCUCACUUAACUGCAGCACCUGCUGGUUUUAAUAUACCAGCUGUCACCCACUUACACACAUGCAAAAACACACACAUUUUCCCUGUCACUGUCUAAGUAUCUUCUCACACACUCAUGCAGAUCUUAGCUUGCGUACAUGACUUUACAUCCAACACAAUUAACACUCAUACAACACAACUAAUACACAUUUAAUAUGGCUCUGUAUGAACAAUUUGCCAAUACACACAAACACUUUCACAAUCCAGAUUCUGAUUACCGCAGGGGAUUUGACUCAUGGAAUUCACCCCCUUUUUAUUACACACGUAUACAGUUCAUGUCUUAAUUUGAGGUUAGCCUUCAGUUUUCACAGCUUCAUCUCACAGUGGGUUUUUGCUUCUGCGUAACACUUCCCCUGUUUUUACUUGGGUUACCUAGUUACACUGCUAGCUACACCUCUGUAUAUUGUAUUCAUCAGUAGUCUGUUAGUUAUUCAUGUAUGGUUUUAGCUUAAAAUCAGGUGCGUAGCAUUUCAAUCAAAAUCCUCAUCAAAAAAAAAAAAAAUCAUUUCUUUUAGGACAGGAGGUGUCGUAUAAUGGACAGGCAGAAACACCUUCCUUGUGAGAUCAUCCAAUCUCAUAAACGUUGAAAUAUUUUAUGCUUUCUUGAAUAUUCAUGCUGAAACUUGUUUGAGUUUCUAUUUUGAAGUACUGUACUCAUGAAAUGAGAGCUUUUUCCAAGGCAUUGAAAUCCAGGAAAAAGGGGGGUGGGAGUUGACAAACCUUGUCCCUCCCACCAUGAUGCGCACAGCGGGCUUUGUAAGACAAAAAGAAUGACUUGAAUUUUUUUCCUAGUUUUAAUUUUAUCCUUUCCUCUCUUUUGGCAGUAGGCUGACAUUUUAAACAGCUUGAGGCUCACAGAAAGUACAGCUUCAUGCAAAACAAAAUGGUAUUUGCUUUCAUUUCCUUCCCUUCCCCUAAAUAUUUCCUUUGCUGGUGGUCAUUAAUGCACUUUUGUGAGUUUUAACUGUGUAGAUGUUCCUGUUUCCUAGAAAUGACCAUCAACUCUCAGACACCUAAGAUCACCUUAAAGGUACUAUGUGUAGGAUUUUCUUAUCAUAUAUAACUGAUUGGCUUUAUCCCUUACAUAUUAUUUCUGGGAUUGGGAAUAAACACUAACCAUUUGGAGAAUGGUUGAAAAUAUUGGUAGGAGGCAGCUAUUUUAGCUUGUCCUGACACCUAGCGCAACUAAAAGUCCGUCAUUCUUAGCAUGUUUCCUCUGUUUUACAGAUGUCCUCUGUAUCAGCUUUCCAUUGGCCACAGAAGAGUAAAAAAUAGUUUCUUUACUUUGUGAAUUGAUCUACUCAUAUGUUUCCAAACCACCUGAGCCAGAUACUGCUUAUCUAGAUUUUUUAAAAAUAUAUCUGUAAGUUUGAGACUUGACCCAGCAGGACUCUUUAAGUGCAAAAGAGGAAUUUGGUACCACACAUAAAACAGAAGCAGGGAUCAGAGAUGAAGCAACAGAACAAGAAAAAAUAGGCAAUAAUACAGCAUUUAAUUUCACCUCAAUAUUUGGUCAAUAGGAAAUAUUUGUUUGCUGCACUUGAGCAGCCCACAACUCAUGGAUAGAUCACUGGCUGUUAUAUACAUAAAUUGGCUGUUAUAUACAUAAUUUGGCAAACAAUGAAGCAGUGUUUCAACAACAGCAACUCUCUGUGUCUGUUAUUGUAAUGCAAUAAUAAAAUAAGUCAGUGUUAUUAUAUAAUGGAAAUCCUACACGUGCUACCUGCAGCUUUUGAAUCUUAAAUCAGUGUGUACUGGCUAAAUGCUUGCCACUUUUGUACAGUAGAUGUAAAUAAUAAAAAAAAAAACACAGGAGAUAAAAGGCCUGUUCACACUCAUGUGAAAGUGAAAAUGAAAACUAACAAAUUGAAAAGCUCUAUUUUAUGCUGUCAGGUUACUAUUAGACUUUCUUCCCAUGUAUUGACGUCAUCAUGAAAUUGUUAUUGAGCCCAGGGCCUAACCACACCUCACUGCUGCUUUGCACCAACUUCUGUCAAUGCUUGAUGUUGUAUUUGGUAAUUGAUUGGCUGGAUUUCAUUGACAAUGGCACUUGGCAUUUACUGUGAUUGAAAUUUGUGGGAAACUGAAUCCAGGCAUUGCAGUGAAAGGUCAAAUGCAGCUACCACAUCAUCAGGAGACAAACAGUAUACUAUGAAUGCACACGCUCAAAAGUGAGCAAUACUGGGUUAUACUUAAAGAUUUAUUACCAAUUUUGUUACAUAAUAUUUAAAAGAGUCAGCAUUUUUAGGUAUAUUAGCAUUUUUAUUAGUCACCACAUUUCUUAGAUUAGAUUGUACAUUUUGCAAUGUCAUUCUACAGGGAAGAGGCACAGCUGUCCUCUACCAGGUGCUAAAUAACUAAUACGGUCUUUUAGUUGGAUACUUGCACAUGUUCAUCAAUGCACACACAAUAUGCAAGUUCACAGACAAAUCAGAAAGCUAUUCUCUACUUUCCCAACAGGUCUGCUUAGAUUUUUUUUCCUCGACUUUUAUGACCCAUAUUUUUUAUUGCAAACCCCCAACUGUGGAAAAUGAACACCAGCUAAGUGCUUGCACAUUUUGGCUGUGGCUGCUAAGUCUUUGUACUCUACCAGAUGCAGCCAGUGUCUUUUUUAUUUUAGACAGUAGGAAGGCUGUUGGAAGUAAUAGAAGUAGCUGAUGAAAGUUGGGGUCCACCAGCUACCUUGACCAGAAUGAGCAAUGAGCUUCCAGCCCUGCAGAUAGUCCAAAUAAAUCUUCUCAGAGAGGAUCCUCAGCCUCCCCCAUGUGAUGUGGACUUAGAGGCUGGCUGUUAGAUGACCUGUAAGACAGGUGGUUUUGUUUAUCAUGUCAGCAAGUUGGUUUAACCUGAGAGUUUGGUAUUGUUUCAAUUUCUGUCCAUCCAUGCAUACAGCCAAAUCAACAAAGUAGUCUUUAAAGGUCCUUUAAACAAGACAAAUCAGAACAUUUUGCACCACUGCUAAGACACAAGCAAGGUGGUGCCAAGCUUUUUUUAUUUGGUGACAAGAACCAACAUCUGCCAGUUCUCUUUUAUUGUAUAUGUUAGAUUAUGGUUUCAGUGCUUUAGCGGCUUGAAUUGCUGCAGAUGAGAUACUACUAGCAGCCUGAGCUUUGAGACUUGAUUGAGGAGGACUGUGUGGCCAUCGGGCUUUGAGAUCAGUAGUCUGGUUUAGAGCUCAGCUAUGUUAAGAGAGUUGGGUUGUGGAAUGAGGUUUGAAAGUGCAACUCUGAAUGAGUUUUUCUCCUUUGUCUCUCAGAGAGUGUACUUACUUUAGAGCGUGUGCUUAGGUGAAUGGUCUCAUCCUUUGUUAGGUCGACAUCAUGGCAGCUUUCUUUGCAGGUUUCUUUUUUGGAGCUUCCGUUUUUGAACGUUUUAGCCUGCUGCAACUGCACCAUGUUUAUAGCUGGGGAUGGGAAUAAUUACACAACCAGUCAUGAGCAGGAGGAUUCACUAGUUGGCAUAUAAGUACUUCUCAAAAGGUUAAAAUAUGCAACUUGUAUAUGGUAUUCAUAUUAUGAUGACAUUGUUAAGCAACUUUCAUGCAAUAUGUGCAUUGUGUUUCUGGUAUUUGUAUGUUUUAGCCUUGUCUGUUACAAAAGUUCAUAUAAAUUGGCAGUGAAAUUGAAUUCCCAUCCCUUUGUAUGACAGAAACAUCCUUUAAGUUUUAUAAUGCCAUUUCUGUUAGUCUAUACAUUUUGCUAUGAGCUUAAGUCAUUUAGAGAAGAUAUACAGAUGCAGUAAGCAAAUGAAAAAUUUAAACAGUUAGUGCAAGCUUUGUAUGCUAAACCACUUUGAGCUUUGCAGAUUCUAGCAAUAGCUUGUGGCUGGGUGUUUCAGUUUUUAGCAUUUGUUAUUGGGUAUGUGUGGCCACAUGUGCAUGCCUUUAUGCACAUGUGUGGAAUCUGUCUGCAGCUAUGCCUUUUGACUGGCAGAUACUAUAGCUUUGGCUGUGAUGUGCUGAGCGCUGUUAAAUUGAUUUGCAAAACAAUGAAAGGAUGCACAGAGAAUGGGGAUGCAGGCUGGAGGGGUGAUCCACUGGUUGGUUGCUUUAUAGACACAAUCCAGCCUCCUCCCUUCUGUCACUUUGCUCUGUCUUCACUGCUUUACUCUAGUAUUAAACGCUUGUACACUCACCAAUGUGGGCUGAAAAUUACCGGGCUUUGCAUUGGAAUGGACUUGUAAAAUAAACCUUUGAUUCUUGGACUGUUUGAAAAGGAUGUGAAGCUUUUCGUGGGACAAGCAGUGGAGAGUUGUAAGGAAGGGAUUCAGUGCCGUGUGUCCCUCUUUGCUUACUUUACUUGACGGCAGAGCAGCGACAAUCAGCGGUCACCAUGGGAGACUGCUGGAUUGCAUCGCACUGCCCACAAAUGUUUGUCGUUGCAACCGUGUGCACUCAAGGCAGACGCAUGCUGUGACCUUUUGACUGUGUAGCAGUAUUGUUGUCGCCAUCUUUGUUACAUUUUGAAAUUUCUUGCUUUUGAAAAAUAAAGACAUUGAUUAAAUAUGCUUUCUUUGUAAAGGAUCACAGGCUGUGACUGAAGAAUUGAUCAUCCUGUACAGAUGAGGUAUCAGGGUGGUAUUUUUACCUUUUAACACAGGCCGCUGUGAGCCAAGGCCCAUCAUGUUAUGAUCAAUGAGGCAGUGUGUGAUUUUCAGCCUUGAAACAACCAACUUCACCGGUUUAUUUAUCACUGCCAGGCUGUUUGCGGAUGUGGCGUUUAGAUACAGGGCCACUCAGUACCCAGCGCUUGUAUUUUCAUGUAUGUUAUGAUUAUUGUGAUUCGCACUAGAGAGUGUGCACUAACCUUGGCCUGUGUAGUGCAUACUAAAGAGGGGCCCUAAUAGGAAUGGAAUGACAGCUUGUGUAGAGAGGGGCGUAUUGGUCAUUGGAGGGUGAAGCAGACCAGUGUGUGGUCCCCUCUGGGUGCUCAAGCUGUGCAUUGGUGCUUUUUACAGGGUGCUCUGGCACGAAAAUGUCUACUUUGGUUUCAGAGACAGGGAAAUAAAUGAACGGAUUGCAUAUAAGGAAUGAUUUAGCAGGGCUUGCCUAGCCUAACUUAGCUCUGCACCUGCUCUUCUUCAGUUACAUUUAAUCAGGUUGUCUCUGCAAUAGGGUAAUCUGCAAACUGUUGUCUGUUGGCGAUGGUUUUAGUCAACGAUCUCAAAUAAAAUCUGAAGAAUCUCUUGGAGAUUAAGACAAAACUAGCUCUAAUCCUGGAUACCCAGCAUAAAGGCUAUUAUAAUCCAUGGGUCAGGUUUGCAGGUGACAGCUUUAAGCAGAUAUGCUUAUGUUGAAUGGACUUCAUGGUGUGGUUUAACAAAAUAUGACUGCCCUCUUUAAGUAGAAGGCUGUUAUUUGGUUCAAGUUUGGAGAAAUUGUGAAGUGUGGGGCAAAGAGAAGAGCAGGGGCUGAAAGAACUUGGAUCAGGUUUCAUUUCUUUUUCAAACAAGAAUAAAAAAAAAAAACAAAACCUAUUUUA